UAUAGUGCGUGUGUGUGCGUGUGUUUACACAGCAAUAAAAUUAUCGAACUCGAAGAGACACGUCAACAUUAAUAUUCGAACUGCAAGGUAUCAGUUGUGAAUAUUCGACGUUACAAUUUUAUGUAAGGUGUAGAAAUCUCUAAACACUAUGACUAUUUUGUAUCGGAUGUAUGUUCGAAACGCACUCGGGGGAGAGAUUUGUUUUGCAACGACUUUUGAAACGACUAGCCGGCAGAUAUGAAAAUCGAGGUGUCCUGGAAACGACGAUUUUUACGAAAGAAACUCAAGCACAUGCUGAUAUGUGUCUUCGUCGUCGCUGUGAUAUUCGUGUUUUAUCAGCUGUUUUACUUCAAGGAGCUGAAUCGGGAAACUGUGGGCAAACUGAUCGCCGGGUCGUCACGAGAUAAUCAUCAGGUGAUUGUUGGCAAGCGAAGUUCCAAAUGGCAGCAGCCGCAGUAUUCCAAACUCAUACGUGAUAAAGAAGGUCUGACUGUGUCAUUGCGUGGUACGCAAAAUGAAGAUAUUGCCAAGUAUCUUCCUAAUAUUAACGGGAAAUUCGUAUGUUUUGCUUCAAAAAAGGAAAUUGAUUUUGUGAAAAUUAAUGAUGAUUAUUGCGACUGUCCGAUGGAUGGAAGCGAUGAACCAGGUACCAAUGCGUGCAAUAAUGGUGUCUUCAAUUGUGAGACUAGUUCUAGAAGAUCAGCAGCAAGAAUACCAUCGUAUAAGGUCAAUGAUGGAUAUUGUGAUUGUUGUGAUGGUUCUGAUGAAUGGGCUGAAGCAGCACUGUUAUACGAGCUUAAAGGAUCGGGAAAUGUAAAUUUUCAUGGAGUUAAGUGUCCAAAUAAAUGUUAAGUAAGAGGAAAGUGAAGAAUCUUCUAUAAAUCUUCUGUAGAAGAUGAAAAGAAAAUGAUAUUAUUUCUAGUAUAGAUCUUAUAUAUAUUAUAACAAAUAUAAAUGAUAAGUAG